CGCUCCUCCCUCCCAUCCUCCACCUCGUCACUUUCACCUCGACAAACCCAAGCAACCUCUGUCACUCCUUAUUGCCGUUGACCACGAGCAGCGUCUUCGUAAGCGACUGCACUUCCAGCUGCCGCCCGCCCUCCGCCUGUCGCGCUCAAACUUCGCUGGUCAAAACAAACUUCACCACAAACACCUGCACAACGAUGUCCGCCAUGGAGUACGAGACCGAGCCACGCUACGACGACGAGCCUCGCGGCUACGACCGUGACAGGAGCCGCUCACCACGCGCCGACCGUCGCGAUGAUGAUGGUGGGAGGGCUCGCAGUGCCUCUCCCAACGAUCGCGACCGUAUGGACAGCCGCGGCCCCCCUCCCGAGCCUCGUCAGCAAGGCGAGGACGACAACUCUCGCAAUCCUGGUUCAAAUCUCUUCGUCACCGGCAUCCAUCCAAGCCUCACCGAGGCUGAGGUCACUACCCUGUUCGAGAAGUAUGGCGACGUCGAGAAGUGCAACAUCAUGCGUGAUCCUCACACUAGGGAAUCCCGUGGCUUCGGCUUCGUCAAAAUGGUGACAUCUGACCAAGCGGAUGCCGCCAAAGAGGGUCUUCAAGGCGAGGUUCACCAGGGUAGGACUCUCAGCAUCGAGAAGGCCCGUCGUGCCCGUCCACGAACCCCGACUCCGGGCAAGUACUUCGGUCCGCCUAAACGCGAGGACUUUAGGGGAGGCCGUGGAGGCGGCGGAGGAGGUCGAUUCAACGACCGUUACGACAGCGACCGACGCGGCGGUUAUGGUCGACGCGAUGACUAUGGCGGGGGCUAUCGAGGCUCCCGCUACGGAGACCGCGACGACCGUGGAUACGGCGGUGGGGGACGCCGCGAUCGCGAUGACUAUGGCUCUCGUGGCGUAGACCGCUAUGCUUCAUCGCGUGACGACCGGUAUGGUGGCCGUGGAGACGAGCGCCGUGGUGGUGGUGGCGGCGGAGGAGGAGGCGGCGGCGGAUACUACGAUCGCUCCGGAGGCCCUCCUCCUGGAGGCGCUGGCGGAGCUCCGUACGCUGAUCCUCCUCACAAGGAAGGUCGCGAUGCCUACGGCGGCGGGGGCAGAUCCUACGACGACCGUGGUGACGACUUCCACUACGCUCGCAAUUGAAGCACCUCGCUAAUCUACCCAGAUUCCAAAAGAGUCUGAGAAGUUAUGGAGGACCUCAAGGUUUGGAGACUUGGAAGCCCGAAUUUUCAACGACGGUCUUCGACAACGUGCCCUCCCCGGCAAGAUUUCCCUUUUUCUGUAUCACCUCCUUCCU